UCCUUGUGGUUUCUCCUUUUUUCCUAAAACAUGAAAGCAAUCAUGGAGAAGAAAGAGAGAGAUAGCAUGGAGAAGAAUGAGAGAGGUUCUACGGAUGAAGAACCAGUUAUAUACCGAGGAUGGAAAGUAAUGCCAUUUGUCAUAGGAAAUGAAACGUUUGAGAAGCUGGGAGCCAUUGGGACCUUGGCCAACCUCUUGGUCUAUCUCACUAGUGUAUUCAACAUGAAGAGAAUUACAGCUGCGACUCUUGUUACCAUCUUCAAUGGCACCACCAACUUUGCAACCUUGCUCGGAGCUUUCGCUUCAGACACUUAUUUCGGUCGUUACAAGACGUUGGGAUUUUCGUCAAUCGCUUCUUUUAUGGGACUGCUGCUGAUAGAUUUUACUGCGGUAUUCAAGAACUUGCAUCCUCCUCACUGCAAACCAGAAGAGCAAGGAACAUGUAAAGGGCCAACAGCUGGUCAAAUGGCAUUUUUACUAACUGGUUUUGGGAUGCUAAUAGUAGGAGCUGCAGGCAUCAGGCCAUGUAACUUGGCAUUUGGGGCAGACCAAUUCGACCAGAAAACGGAGUCGGGAAAACGAGGAGUCAACAGCUUCUUCAACUGGUAUAUGUUCACCUACACUUUCGCACAGAUGAUAGCAUUGACCCUCAUCGUCUACAUCCAGUCAAAUGUAAGUUGGGGUCUAGGAUUUGGCAUUCCAGCCAUUUUGAUGUUGAUAUCAUGUGUUCUCUUCUUCAUGGGAUCAAAAAUGUACGUGAAAGUGAAAGCCUGUGGUAGUCCGAUGAAUAGUGUAGCACAGGUCGUGGUAGUUUCCAUUGCGAAAAGGCAUUUGAAGCUUAAAGAGCCAGAGCGGCCAUGGCUCUCCAUGUUUGUUUAUAUGCCUCCCGAUUCUAUCAACUCCAACCUUCCUUAUACAAAUCAAUUCAGAUGCCUUGACAAAGCAGCAAUUCUUACGCCGGACGACAAAAUCAAUCCGGAUGGUUCAGCUGCUGAUCCUUGGAAACUUUGCAGCAUGCAACAAGUGGAAGAAGUGAAAUGCUUGCUGAGAGUUUUGCCAAUAUGGGGAGCAGCCCUCAUAUACCAUAUUGCCAUAGUCCAGCAGAAUACGUACGUUGUCUUCCAAGCCCUUCAAUCCAAUCGACGCCUUGGAAAAACAAGCUUCCAAAUCCCGGCUGCAUCCUACUCAAUCUUCCUGAUGCUGGGCAUGACCAUAUGGAUACCAAUCUACGACCGCCUUCUUGUCCCGUUCCUCCAAAGGCUUACGGGAAAAGAAGGUGGCAUCACAUUGUUGCAAAGAAUAGGAAUUGGCAUUUUUCUCUCUGUGAUCACGAUGCUAGUAUCUGCAUUCGUAGAAGAACACCGAAGGACUAUAGCGCUAACAAAACCAAUUCCAGGAAUCCGAACAAGGGGUGACAUUUCUUCCAUGUCUGGCUUUUGGCUGGUCCCUCAGCUCACACUAGCCGGGCUUGCUGAAGCGUUCGCUGCCAUUGGCCAAAUUGAAUUCUACUACAAGCAGUUCCCGGAAAACAUGAGAAGCAUUGCAGGGUCUCUCUUCUUUUGUGGAAUGGCAGGUUCUAGUUACUUGAGUAGUGCGUUAAUCGCCAUAGUUCACCGGACUACUGAGGGGGCUAAGACCGGAAACUGGCUGCCGGAAGAUCUCAACAAGGGGAGGCUGGAUUACUACUAUUAUCUUAUUGCUGCUCUAGGAGUCAUUAAUUUGGGAUACUUUUUAUUGUGUUCAAAGUGGUACACGUACAAAGGGGGUGGGGACAACAAUGCCCUUGAAGUUGAGGUAGUGCAGAAAUCACAUGAUCAACAUGAGAUUUGAUGCAGUAUUAUUAGGGUUUACAUGCUAAAGCUGAGUGAUUGUAACCUAGAUGGGGAUGAAUAUUCAUGCUAGAUCUCUAAACUACAUUUGAAAAAUAAAACCAUUGUCAAUAAUAGCAUGUUUACUUA